ACUGAAAGGAAAUAUAAAUACCAAUGCAUUAAUAAAGUAGGACAGUACAGGGCAAACUUGUCUCAGUGGCCACAGCUCUACCUGGAACUCCAGAUGGUCCCCCCAGAAGCAGGGCAGCAGCAGCACCCAUUCUGGAGCUACAGCCCUACCUCCGUGUUCCCAGGCAGUGGGGCCAGCACCUUAGAGAGAAGAAUGCCAUUCCCUGCUUUGCUAUAGCAUCUCUUCAUUCCGUUUACCUACUGGCUCCUGCAAACACUUCCUGGUUCUCUGAGUGAGACUUUUUUAGAUUCUUCAUAUACAGGUGUGAAGAGAACGUAACUGUGAAUGGCUUUUGAAGGACCUGUGGUUAGAAGAAAGGCGUCGAUUAGCAAGGUAAAAGUAACAGAACCAUGGCUCAGUUCCCGACACCUUUUGGUGGCAGCCUGGAUAUCUGGGCCAUAACUGUAGAGGAAAGAGCGAAGCAUGAUCAGCAGUUCCAUAGCUUAAAGCCAAUAUCUGGAUUUAUUACUGGUGAUCAAGCUAGAAACUUUUUUUUUCAAUCUGGGUUACCUCAGCCUGUUUUAGCACAGAUAUGGGCCCUAGCUGACAUGAAUAAUGAUGGGAGAAUGGAUCAAGUGGAGUUUUCCAUAGCUAUGAAACUUAUCAAGCUGAAGCUACAAGGAUAUCAGCUCCCCUCUGCACUUCCCCCAGUCAUGAAACAGCAACCAGUGGCUAUUUCUAGUGCACCAGCAUUUGGUAUUGGAGGUAUUGCCAGCAUGUCCCCGCUUACAGCUGUUGCUCCAGUGCCAAUGGGAUCCAUUCCAGUUGUUGGAAUGUCUCCACCUCUAGUAUCUUCUGUUCCUACAGCAGCAGUGCCUCCCCUGGCUAAUGGGGCUCCCCCUGUCAUCCAGCCUCUGCCUGCCUUUGCUCAUCCUGCAGCCACAUUGCCAAAGAGUUCUUCCUUUAGUAGAUCUGGUCCAGGGUCACAAUUAAACACUAAAUUACAGAAGGCACAAUCAUUUGACGUGGCUAGUGUUCCUCCAGUGGCCGAAUGGGCUGUUCCUCAGUCAUCCAGACUGAAAUACAGACAGUUAUUCAAUAGUCAUGACAAAACUAUGAGUGGACACUUAACAGGUCCCCAGGCAAGAACAAUUCUUAUGCAAUCAAGUUUACCACAGGCUCAGCUGGCUUCCAUAUGGAAUCUUUCUGACAUUGAUCAAGAUGGAAAACUCACAGCGGAAGAAUUUAUCCUGGCUAUGCACCUAAUUGAUGUAGCUAUGUCUGGCCAACCACUGCCACCUGUCCUGCCUCCAGAAUACAUUCCACCUUCCUUUAGAAGAGUUCGAUCCGGCAGUGGUAUAUCUGUUAUAAGCUCAGCGUCGGUAGAUCAGAGGUUACCAGAGGAACCAGUUUUAGAAGAUGAACAGCAACAACUAGAAAAGAAAUUACCUGUAACAUUUGAAGACAAGAAGCGUGAGAAUUUUGAACGUGGCAAUCUGGAACUGGAGAAACGAAGACAAGCGCUCUUGGAACAGCAGCGCAAAGAGCAAGAGCGCUUGGCACAGCUAGAGCGGGCGGAACAGGAAAGGAAAGAGAGGGAGCGCCAGGAACAAGAGCGCAAAAGACAACUGGAGUUGGAGAAGCAACUGGAAAAACAACGGGAACUAGAACGUCAGAGAGAGGAGGAGAGGCGGAAAGAAAUCGAGAGACGAGAGGCCGCAAAACGAGAACUUGAAAGACAACGACAACUUGAAUGGGAACGGAAUCGAAGACAAGAGCUUCUAAAUCAAAGAAACAAAGAACAAGAAGACAUAGUUGUAUUGAAAGCAAAGAAAAAGACUUUGGAAUUUGAAUUAGAAGCUCUGAACGAUAAAAAGCAUCAGCUAGAAGGAAAGCUUCAGGAUAUCAGAUGUCGAUUGACUACCCAAAGGCAAGAAAUUGACAGUACAAACAAAUCCAGAGAGUUGAGGAUUGCUGAAAUCACCCAUCUACAGCAACAAUUGCAGGAGUCUCAGCAGAUGCUUGGAAGACUUAUUCCAGAAAAACAAAUACUUAAUGACCAAUUAAAACAAGUUCAGCAAAACAGUUUGCACAGAGAUUCACUUCUUACACUCAAAAGAGCCUUAGAAGCAAAGGAACUAGCUCGGCAGCAGCUACGAGAACAACUGGAUGAAGUUGAGAAAGAAACUAGAUCCAAACUACAGGAGAUUGAUAUUUUCAAUAAUCAGCUGAAGGAGCUACGAGAAAUACAUAAUAAACAACAACUCCAGAAACAAAAGUCCAUAGAGGCUGAACGACUGAAACAGAAAGAACAGGAGCGAAAGAUCAUAGAAUUAGAAAAGCAAAAGGAAGAAGCCCAAAGACGAGCCCAGGAACGGGACAAGCAGUGGCUUGAGCAUGUGCAGCAGGAUGACGAGCACCAGCGGCCACGAAAACUCUGCGAUGAGGAGAAACCCAGGAGGGAAGAGAUCGUCAAGAAGAAAGACAGUGAGGAGAAAGGCAAGCCGGAAAUGCAGGACAAGCUGAGCCGGAUUCUCCAUCAGCAUCAGGGACCAGCGAAGCCAGCUGUGCAGGCUCCCUGGUCCACCGCAGAAAAGGGCCCACUUACAAUUUCUGCACAGGAAAAUGUGAAAGUAGUGUAUUACCGGGCACUGUAUCCCUUUGAAUCCAGAAGUCAUGAUGAAAUCACCAUCCAGCCAGGAGACAUUGUUAUGGUGGAUGAAAGCCAAACUGGAGAACCAGGAUGGCUUGGAGGAGAAUUAAAAGGAAAGACAGGAUGGUUCCCUGCAAACUACGCAGAGAAAAUCCCAGAAAGCGAAGUCCCUGUGCCAGUCAAACCAGUGACUGAGUCCACCUCCACCCCUGCACCCAAAGUGGCCGUGCGUGAGACCCCCGCACCUUUGGCAGUGACCUCAGAGCCCUCCACGACCCCCAACAACUGGGCUGACUUCAGCUCCACGUGGCCCACCAGCACGAAUGAGAAACCAGAAACUGAUAACUGGGAUGCGUGGGCAGCACAGCCCUCACUCACUGUCCCAAGUGCUGGCCAGUUACGGCAGAGAUCGGCCUUUACUCCAGCCACGGCCACUGGCUCCUCGCCAUCUCCUGUUUUGGGCCAGGGUGAAAAGGUGGAGGGGCUACAAGCGCAAGCCCUGUAUCCUUGGAGAGCCAAAAAAGACAACCACUUAAAUUUUAACAAAAAUGAUGUCAUCACCGUCCUGGAACAGCAAGACAUGUGGUGGUUUGGAGAAGUUCAAGGUCAGAAGGGUUGGUUCCCCAAGUCUUACGUGAAACUCAUUUCUGGGCCCAUAAGGAAAUCUACAAGCAUGGAUUCUGGUUCUUCAGAAAGUCCUGCUAGUCUAAAGAGAGUAGCUUCCCCAGCAGCCAAGCCAGCCAUUUCGGGAGAAGAAUUUAUUGCCAUGUACACUUACGAGAGCUCUGAGCAAGGCGAUUUAACCUUUCAGCAAGGGGAUGUGAUUUUGGUUACCAAGAAAGAUGGUGACUGGUGGACAGGAACAGUGGGCGACAAGUCCGGAGUCUUCCCUUCUAACUAUGUGAGGCUUAAAGAUUCAGAGGGCUCUGGAACUGCUGGGAAAACAGGGAGUUUAGGAAAAAAACCUGAAAUCGCCCAGGUUAUUGCCUCCUACACCGCUACGGGUCCUGAGCAGCUUACCCUGGCCCCUGGUCAGCUGAUUUUGAUCCGAAAAAAGAACCCAGGUGGAUGGUGGGAAGGAGAGCUGCAAGCACGUGGGAAAAAGCGCCAGAUAGGCUGGUUCCCUGCUAACUAUGUAAAACUUUUAAGUCCUGGGACGAGCAAAAUCACUCCAACAGAGCCACCCAAGCCGACAGCAGUCCCCGCAGUGUGCCAGGUGAUCGGGAUGUAUGAUUACAUGGCCCAGAACGACGACGAACUGGCCUUCAACAAGGGCCAGAUCAUUAACGUUCUCAACAAGGAGGACCCCGACUGGUGGAAAGGGGAAGUCAGCGGGCAAGUGGGGCUCUUCCCAUCCAAUUAUGUGAAGCUGACCACAGACAUGGACCCAAGCCAGCAAUGGUGUUCAGACUUACAUCUCUUGGAUAUGUUGACCCCAACUGAAAGGAAGCGACAAGGAUACAUCCAUGAGCUCAUUGUCACGGAGGAGAACUAUGUGAAUGACCUGCAGCUGGUCACAGAGAUCUUUCAGAAACCCCUGAUGGAGUCUGAGCUGCUGACAGAAAAAGAGGGUGCUAUGAUUUUUGUUAACUGGAAGGAGCUGAUUAUGUGUAAUAUCAAACUGCUGAAAGCGCUGAGGGUUCGCAAGAAGAUGUCUGGAGAGAAGAUGCCUGUGAAGAUGAUUGGUGACAUUCUGACUGCCCAGCUGCCACAUAUGCAGCCCUACAUCCGCUUCUGCAGCUGCCAGCUCAAUGGGGCUGCCCUGAUCCAGCAGAAGACGGAUGAGGCCCCCGACUUCAAGGAGUUUGUCAAAAGAUUGGCAAUGGAUCCUCGAUGUAAAGGAAUGCCACUCUCUAGUUUCAUACUGAAGCCUAUGCAGCGGGUAACAAGAUACCCACUGAUCAUUAAAAAUAUCCUAGAAAACACUCCUGAAAACCACCCGGACCACAGUCACUUGAAGCAUGCCCUGGAGAAGGCAGAGGAGCUGUGUUCCCAGGUGAACGAAGGGGUGCGGGAGAAGGAGAACUCUGACCGGCUGGAGUGGAUCCAAGCCCACGUGCAGUGUGAAGGCCUGUCAGAGCAACUUGUGUUCAAUUCAGUGACCAACUGCUUGGGGCCACGCAAGUUUCUGCACAGUGGGAAGCUCUACAAGGCCAAGAGCAACAAGGAGCUGUAUGGCUUCCUCUUCAAUGACUUCCUCCUGCUCACACAAACUGUAAAGCCCUUGGGCUCUUCUGGUACCGACAAAGUCUUCAGCCCCAAGUCUAACCUGCAAUAUAAAAUGUACAAAACCCCUAUUUUCCUAAAUGAGGUUCUAGUAAAAUUACCCACUGACCCUUCUGGGGAUGAACCCAUUUUCCACAUUUCCCACAUCGACCGAGUCUACACCCUCCGAGCAGAAAGCAUAAAUGAAAGGACAGCCUGGGUGCAGAAAAUCAAAGCUGCUUCUGAACUCUACAUAGAGACUGAGAAAAAGAAGCGGGAGAAGGCAUACCUGGUCCGUUCCCAAAGGGCAACAGGUAUUGGAAGGCUGAUGGUGAACGUCGUCGAGGGCAUCGAGCUGAAACCCUGUCGCUCCCAUGGAAAGAGUAACCCGUACUGUGAGGUGACCAUGGGCUCCCAGUGUCACAUCACCAAGACUAUCCAGGACACUCUGAAUCCCAAGUGGAAUUCCAACUGCCAGUUCUUCAUCAAGGACUUGGAGCAGGAGGUCCUUUGCAUCACCGUGUUUGAGAGGGACCAGUUCUCUCCAGAUGAUUUUUUGGGUCGGACGGAGAUCCGCGUGGCUGACAUCAAGAAGGACCAGGGUUCCAAGGGUCCAGUUACAAAGUGUCUCCUGCUGCAUGAAGUCCCCACAGGCGAGAUUGUGGUCCGCUUGGACCUGCAGUUGUUCGAUGAGCCAUGAGGAGCAGGCCCAGGGCAGCUUGGCAGAGUUCCAGCCUGAGGCAGCGGAUGCCAUCUGCAAAGGGGGUUGCUGAAGAGCAUCGAUGGGUGUCCAGCCCCAGGGCAAUGGGACAGUGCAGACAGGCCCCUCAAAGCUUCCAGGAAUGACUCUUGACAAUCCUUCCCCCAAACAAUUUCCAAUUUUAUGAAAACAAACAAACCAAUGAACUGA